GUUGGCUUUUGACUCUUAAAUUACUACUUAAGACUAAGACAAGAUUAAGAUCUACUGUCCUAAAGUGCCUAAACUACUUAAGACUUAAGUUAAAGAAUAAAGUGUCUACACAGUACGAGUACACUACUAAACUAAUCUUAUCAGGUUAUAGGACUAAUAAGAUCUGCAGAUCCUGUCUAUUGUAGACUGUUCACAAAGUGACAAAUCAACACAACAAGGCAAGGGGUAACAAGGUCACAAGCUUCAAGCUAUUACUAUGAAAGAGUUAAUUUUAAAAUGGAAACAAUACAAGUACAGAUUUGUACCAUGGUUAAUUGUUAAUUUUAAAAAUAGGAGCAUUCAGUCAAAUACAGAACUAGAUUCCAGUUUUGUAGCUACUGAAAAACUUCAAGCAGAUCUCUAUACAUUUUUAUGUGGACUUCACAAACAUUUUGAAAAGUUACAGCCCAAAACAGAAGAACACAAACAUAUUGCUGGACUUGAUUUUAUGAAAGAGUUUUCUGGUUUUACUGUUGAGCGAUCAGCUAGCAUUGUACCCAAUUGUGGUCAGGGAGUUAAAGUUACAUCUGGUACAGUUCAACCAGGAUGUAUAACAAGCCUAUAUCCUGGUUUGAUAUAUGAACCUUAUGAGCACAUCUUCUUUCAAAGUCUUGGAAAUCAGUUUAUAUUGAGAUGUGCAGAUGGUUUAUUGAUUGAUGGCAAUGACAAAGGGCUGUCCAAAUCCUUGUAUAAAUCCUGCAGAGGUCGUGACAGCUUUUGGCCAUUGCCUGCUUGUGAUGAUAGUUGGCUUAAUCUCCACAAUGCAUGUCCUUUGAAUGUAGGACAAUAUGUCAACAAUCAUAAUAAACAAUACCCUGCUAAUGUUGCCUACCAAGAACUAGACAUCAGUACAGACUUUCCUGCACAUUUGAGACAGUACUUACCAAACAACUAUUACUCUUCUGUCAUUCAUUCACCAAAUGGAACAAAUAGGUCAUUGAGAGUUGUAGCUCUAGUUUCACUUCAAACGAUCCAUUGUAAUGAAGAGAUGUUUUCCUCAUAUUUCACAGUGGUUAGAUAAUAUUAGCAGGAUGGAAACUUGUACACCAGGAAGACAUACAGGUCAAAACAUGAACUUUUUUUUCCCAGCUGUGUCAUAUUUCUUCUUGCCAAAAAGUCAGCACAAAUUAUUUGGACUCAAACAUAUUGGACUUUCUAUCUAAAAGAUAUCUGGCUUCAGUAACUGUCACAAGGAGCAGAUUAAGAGCAGAUGAAACAUUAAAACACUUUUACAAAUAUAUUGAUGAAAUGUACAUUUAAAUAAUGGGAUUGUCUUCAGCUGAAUGUUAAGCUGUCACAAUUAUUUGUUUUUGAGUUCUUAUCUUCUUAUCUUAUAUAAUACAGACGUUACUUCAAAAAAGAAGAUGAUUACGUCCUACGCGUCAUGCAUUUAGUCAUGCAUAUUAACCAAUGACUUAAAUUCUGCCAAGUCACUGGUUUUCCUGGCUAGCUCAGGCAACCCAUUCCAUGCUCUAAUAGCACUAGGGAAGAAGGAGUAUUUGUACAAAUUGGUCCUAGCAUAUGGGACGAGGAAUGUGCCUUUAUCUUUGUGUCUUUCAGAGUAUUUUAUUAAAUUUUGUUUUUGUAUUUGAAGAUUAUGGUUCAGUGUUUUAUGUAUUAUUGCUACUUUACUUUUGAGCCUUCUGUCCUGAAGGCUUUCUAAAUUUAGUGAUUUUAAUAAAGGUGUUACUCUAGUCAAAUGUGAAUAUUCGUUUGUUAUGAAUCGCACUGCUCUAUUUUGUGUCUGUUCUAGUUUCUUAAUGUUUUCUUGAGUUGAGGGGUCCCAAACAGAGGAUGCAUAUUCUAUUAUUGGCCUAACCAAGGUUAAAUAACAUUUUAGUUUUAUGUUCUUAUUUGAUUUAUAGAAAUUUCUUUUAAUAAAUCCUAAUGCUUUGUUUGAUUUUUUUGUAGUUUCAUCAAUAUGUGGAUUCCAUGACAGUUUUUCAUUUAUUAUAACACCUAGGUAUUUUGCGUUUUUAGUCUGUGUUACUGGUUUGCCAUGAAUAAGAUAAGUGGAAUUAAUUUGUUUUAGUUUUUUUGUUACUCUUAACAACUGACAUUUUUCUGGGUGGAAAGACAUGCUCCAAUUUGAUUCCCAUUUCUGUAAUUCAUCUAAUUCUCUUUGUAAAAUAUCUGUGUCUUGUGUUGUUUUUAUUGUUCUAUAUAUUAUGCAAUCGUCUGCAAAUAAUCUGACUUUUGUUCCUGAAGUAGUAAUGCAAUUUGGUAAAUCAUUUAUGUAAAUUAAAAAUAGUAGUGGACCCAAGACUGUUCCUUGAGGUACACCUGAGUUUACUGUUAUCGGUGUUGAUUUAGAGCCAUUUAUUAUUACAGUUUGUUCUCUCCCUAUCAGAAAGUCUUUAAUCCACUGAUGCAGUGGACCAUUAAUGCCGAAAUAUUUUAAUUUUUUAAGCAAACUAUGGUGGUGAACUUUGUCAAAAGCCUUAGAAAAAUCUAGUAAGAUAGCAUCUAUUUGUUCGCUAUUAUCUAAACCUUUUGAAAAAUCAUCAAUUAGUCCUAUUAGUUGUGUUUCACAUGAUCUAUAUUUCCUAAAGCCAUGUUGGUAUGGUUUGGCCUCAAGGGUCUUGAGUAUAAAGUCCAAUGGAAAUAGUUCAAGUGGAUGGUUGUGAUAUUGGUCUUAAAUAUGUUGUUGUUUUUUUUAUCAAGUAACUGGACUUAUAUAUAAAUAUAUAUUUCUGUAGAUGCUCCUUGUUUCAUGUUUCAUUCAGUUCAUGGUUGUAGCCCCGGGGGGGGGGGGGGUAUAUUGGGGUUCAAAUUUCCACAGAAAUAUAAUAUUGUUGAAUAAUGUUUUCAAUAAAAUGCAUUGAAACACUAUCUGUUAAGAAAUUUUAUCUGGUCAGGAAAACAUAACUUGGAUCAGACUAAAGAGUUAAAAGAGAGUAGGUGUCCAUCUGUACUGAGUAGUAGUAACUAUGGCAUGAAGUGGUUCAUUGUGCUGGGCCAGUGACUGAUAGGGGUGUCCAGGGCCCAUUAAAAGAUAUUUAUAUAUUUAUUUUAAAGAGAUGCACAGGCUUUGAGUGUCAUAAUAUUAUUACAUGUAAGAAGUUGCAACUAUCUUUUUCAUUUGAUUUUGGAUUGCUCUAAUGUAGUACUAUACAUAUCAGUAAAGCUGACCACAUUGUGUGUAAUGAAGGAACUAAAUGAGAUUUCUUCAAAACUGCAAUGUUAUUAUAUUAACUCUUCCAAUACUCCAAAUUGUUUACAUAUAGAGAAAACUUUAAAGCUUAAUUUGAUUAGAUGUUGGAAAAAGAAUUAAUAAAAUAAACGAGGAAUAAUAUUGAGCCUUUAUGUGUAAAAAAAAAGUAAAGUUUCCCUUUCAGACCUUGCGAUCUAUGGGGUAGAUGAUGUUAAGGUCAUCUCUUUCUAUGGCCAAAGGUUAAGGAACUGUGUCAAGUGGUCAGCACAAUGACCAACAGCCUUUACUUUCUCCAACUAAAGUCAGGUACCCAUUUGAGUUGGGUGGACUCUGGGACACCCUUAAAAUCAUGAAAUUUGAAAUCCCAGUCUUCACUAAGAUUCGAACCCAGGACUCCAGGUUCAGAAGCCAAGUGCUUAACCACUCAGCCACAACGCCUUGAGACUUUAUGUUCUUGUCAAAAAAAAAUAAUUAUAUAAACAGUCUCACAAAACAAAAUAAAAAAACUCAUCAUCUUUUUAGUCAACUCAUAAAUGAAAAACUGUCAUGGAAUCCCCAUAUUGAUGAAACUAUCAAAAAAUCAAAGCAUUAGGGUUUAUUAAAAGAAAUUUCUAUAAAUCAAACUAAAAUGUUAUUUAAUCUUGGUUAGGCCAAUAAUAGAAUAUGUAUCCUCCGUUUUGGACUCCUCAACUCAAGAAAACAUUAAGAAACUGGAACAGACACAAAAUAGAGCAGUGAAUUUCAUAACAAACGAAUAUUCACAUUGGACUAGAGUAACACCUUUAGUAAAAUCACUAAAUUUAGAAAGCCUUCAGGACAGAAGACUCAAAAGUAAAGUAGCAAUUAUACAUAAAACACUGAACCAUAAUCUUCAAAUACAAAAACAAAAUUUAAUAAAAUACUCUGAAAGACACAAAGAUAAAGGCACAUUCCUCGUCCCAUAUGCUAGGACAAAUUUGUACAAAUACUCCUUCUUCCCUAGUGCUAUUAGAGCAUUAAAUGGGUUGCCUGAGCUAGCCAGGAAAACCAGUGACUUGGCAGUAUUUAAGUCAUUGGUUAAUAUACAUGACUAAAUGCAUGACACAUAGGACGUAAUCAUCUUCUUUUUUGAAGUAAUGUCUGUAUAUAUAUAAGAUAAGAAGAUAAGAUAAUUCAACUUAUAUCACCACAUCAGUCAAGUAAAAUUUCUUUCCUUGUACAAUACCAAACAAAAUAGUUAAAUUACAAAUAAUUAAUUAACUAAUUGUUUUUUUUUUUUUUGUUUUUUUUUUUAUUGUGCAAAGUUUCAACUUGAUCCAGAAUGGGAAGUGGGAGAAAUAAUGUGUUCAAACUUUUUACCACACAGACAGAGUGAGUUAAUGAUAUAAGCUUUGUAAUAAAGAUACCAAAUAGCAAUGUGAAAACUUAUAAGUGCAUAAUGAAAUCAAGUGUCAUUGUUUGACUUUUUUAAGAACUGGAAAUAUAAAGGCUAAAGUAGUCUAAAAGAACUGGAGGGUUUUGUAUGUACUCAACUCACACAACAUUAUCAGAAGUUUUUCUUAUUUUGAAAUGUCAUUUCAUGUUUUUACUUUUAUGCUAACUUCUCUCCUAAUCAGUGGUUUCUUAUCCAGUGAAGCUUAUUUAUUGACAAUUAUUUCAGCAUUUCUUUAGAUAUGUAUAACAUUAGGCUACAACUAUUAACGCAUACAAAAUGAGACAACAUGAAAGCCUUAUAUAUGUCAUAAGUUUAGUUUCUAUGUCCCUUGUACAGUAAUAACUACAGCUGUUUAUUGUAUAUUUACUUUAUACAGACAUAGAACGACUAUAGUUCAUCUUAUCAUUAUGUUUCUCACGUAAAUGUAGAGUUCUAUAUUGGAGAGAGAUUCCAGACAUAUAUAUAUAUUUAUAUAUAUAUAUUUAUAUAUAUAUAUAUAUAUAUAUAUACAUAUAUAUAUAUAUAUAUAUUGGUGUCACAUAUUUUUGUUAUUUCGAGAGCUAUACAAUUCAGUUAAAAAGACAGUAUCAGAUUAAUAAUUAAGCAUUCAUUAUAAUGAUUUCAUGAAGAAUGUAAGAGAUACAAUAAACGUAAAUUUGUCCCCCAAAAAUCAACACUCUUAUUACGUUGUCUCACUAAGUUAACACUUUGAUGAAAUGUAAAAGUCUCACUAACACUUUGAUGAAAGGUAAAAGUCUCACUAACACUUUGAUGAAAUGUAAAAGUCUCACUAACACUUUGAUGAAAGGUAAAGUUAGUCUCACUAACACUUUGAUGAAAGGUAAAGUUAGUCUCACUAACACUUUGAUGAAAUGUAAAGUUAGUCUCACUAACACUAUGAUGAAAUGUAAAGUUAGUCUCACUAACAGUUUGAUUAAAUGUAAAGUUAGUCCACUAACACUUUGAUGAAAUGUAACGUUAGUCUCACUAACAGUUUGAUGAAAUGUAAAGUUAGUCUCACUAACACUUUGAUGAAAGGUAACGUUAGUCUCACUAACACUUUGAUGAAAUGUAAAGUUAGUCUCACUAAUACUUUGAUGAAAUGUAAAGUUAGUCUCACUAACACUUUGAUGAAAUGUAAAGUUUCUCUCUCUUGAAGGUUGAUUUUAAGAACUAACACAAAAUACAAAGGUUGCCAUAAACCUGUUAUAAAAAAUGCCAAGACAGUCUUGAAUGAUAGUAGCAUUAAAGAAGUUGACAUUCAUUUAUCUUUCUAUUGCACUACUGGUCACUUUGUUCAGCAUUGAUCGCGUUAUUAUCCUGCAUAAACUUCAGGGAAUACUUGCCACUUUUGUAGAUCUCUUCAAGUUUGCUCUUACGUUUGUCAUUGAGCAUAUAUUGUAAAACCACACCAAGAAUCUGGAACAGAACAGUGAUUGGUGUUAAUUUAUAGAAAGGAGUCACUGGUUCUUUUAUUUGCUAGAAGAGUUUUUUUAAAACUAGAUCCAAUUGCAUUAGCUUAACUAAAGUAUACGUUAUAAGUCUGUAAUGUUUUGGCUUUAUGGUUGUGUUGUAUGCGCUUUGUUGGACUGUCAUUUGGUGAUCUUAAAGUUCCCGGAUUUGAACCCUGUCAGCUGGCUUCCCUUGUCAUCCUGAGGAUGGUUUGGACUAUGAUAUAAUUAUCUUCAAAUCUGAAGGAACAUCCAAAACAUGUCAAACAUUUUUUAGGUGUGAUUUGGAUUCAUGAAAUUAUUUUUCUUAGAUUUAAGAAUAAAAGUGCUGUGAAUUUCUAUUCCUCAUUUAUUUUAUGUUUACUGAAUUUGAAGUCAAGUGACUUUGAAUGAAGCUAAUUAUAGUGUGACAAGUGAAAACAUAUUCUAUUCAAUUUGUUCAAAAACAAGUCAACUUGACAACUCCAGCAACUCAACUCGAGCCAGGAAAUUGACUGAUGAAAUGCCUAGUCCAGAUUCCUUUUCUUUAUACAGCCUGCUUCAUGCUGCAGUUUAGGCCACGGAAAAGUACCGUGUUGUUCUUCUCAGUUGUUUUUAUAAAGAGUUAGUUCCCUUGAGCUAGUAGGAUCUGUCUAAUGUACAUUUAAGUGGGACAUUAUUAGGGUACGUUUUCAAGAAGGGUUGAUACCAUCUCCAGUCUUUACAUCAUGUCCCAAAGUAACCCAGCCCCACCCCACCCAAUGUUUUGUGAUAAAAUAAAUUUCACCUUACGUUUACUGCAUCCAAAGUCCUUGUAGUUUUUCUUGAGUAUGGAAGAGAGACGAAUGAUGGGCUUUCCCGUAGUCAUGUCCAACACGCACCCACCCUCCUGGAGGAAAUUGGCUGCUGCCAUCUGAAGCUGCUCAUCUAUGCACUUAACAAGGGAAUUACACAAAUAGGGUUCAAUUUUUUAUUGUUGGAAAAAUGUAUUUAAAAAAACACACACUAAAACGAUAUGAUUAUACCAAAUUCUUCUGCAUUUUUUAUAAUAUGAUUAUACCACAUUGUUUUGUAUUUGUUAUGAUAUGAUUUAUACCACAUUGUUCUGUAUUAGUUAUGAUUUGAUUAUACCACAUUGCUCUGUAUUUGUCAUUAUGUGAUUAGACCACAUUGUUUUGUAUUUGUUAUGAUAUGAUUAUACCACAUUGUUUUGUAUUAGUUAUGGUAUGAUUAUCUCACAUUCUUCUGUAUUUGUCAUGGGAUUUUUAAUACAUUAUCAUAACCGUG